GGGCGGUAUCUGGGGGACACGUCUGGUUCGUGUGCGGUUAAGCCGCCGGUUCAGCGCCUCCCAGGGUGAAGCGGACUUUAGUUUUGCGGAGGCGCCAGGAAGCCUUCGGAACCAAAUAAAGUCCGUGCGAGUGGGGCACUAUCCCUGGUUUGGGGGUUCAAUCGGGCGGAAGGAGGCCAUUCGGCCCACCGAGUCUGUACCGACCCUCCAAAGAGCUGACCACCCAGGCAUGUGCAAACUGCCCGCUGUCGCCCGAGGCCGGAGUCGAACCUGGGCACUCCAUACCGUGAGACAGUUAACUACUGUACAGUGCGGGGCAGAUAAAAACAUUGGGGUUUUUGUUAAUGAUCUGGGAUUUUUAAAGAAAAGGAGAGUACACUGUGGGAGGGUGUGAGAGGAAGUUUACUGCUGCCUGGAAGAGCCUGGCAGUUGGCUAAGGCUGAAAGUCUUGACCUGCAACUUUCCUAGUAACAAGAGAAUCUCAAUCUCCCUCAGCAUUCAUGGCCUGGACAAUAAUUAGCAGAACCCACCAUCCACAAGGCAUAAGUCGAGUCAAAUUCCAUGAGUAAUGGAAUACCCCACACUUGCCUAGAUGGCUGCAGCUUCAACAACACUCAAGGAGCUCGACACCGUCCAGGACAGAGCCUGGCACCACGUUCCAAAUCCCUCCAGUACUGACACUUAGUAGCAGCAGCGUGCAUUUCUUCCGGAAUACGCUGCAGCAACUCUCCCAGACUGCAAUGACUGCACCUUCCAAACCUACAUCCUUUACCACCUGGAAGUGUCACCUGUAAGACUUGGAAAUGUGUUGCUGUUCCUUCAGCAUCAGUCGAGGCCUGUUCCAAACGUUGCAGCUCAGAAUACGGGCAAUGUCUACUGCUAUGCCCUCGUACAAUUUUGAGACUUUGCAUGUCUCGCAAGCAAGAGACAGUGUGCUGCAUGUGGAAUUGAACAGACCCGAGAAGAGGAACGCAAUGAACAACGUGCUUUGGAGAGAGAUGGUGGAUUGCUUUAAAAGAAUUGCCCAUGACACGGACCUUAGAGUAGUUGUUGUAUCAGGAGCUGGAAAAAUGUUUACUGCAGGAAUCGAUCUGAUGGACAUGGCUGGAGACGUAUUGCAGCCUCCAGGAGAUGAUACAGCAAGGAAGGCCUGGCACAUGAGGAACAAGAUCCUUCAAUAUCAGGAGAGCUUUAAUGUUAUAGAAAAGUGUCCUAAGCCAGUCAUUGCAGCAGUCCAUAAUGCGUGCAUUGGAGGAGGUGUAGAUUUGAUUACUGCCUGUGACAUUCGGUUAUGCUCUCAGGAUGCCUGGUUCCAGGUGAAGGAAGUAGAUAUUGGAAUGGCAGCUGAUGUAGGCACUUUGCAGCGACUGCCCAAAGUUAUAGGAAAUGCCAGUCUGGUGAGCGAACUGGUCUAUACAGCGAGGCAGUUGAUGGCGGAUGAAGCACUGAGCUGUGGUCUGGUGAGCCGAGUCUUUAAAGACAAAGAAGCCACGUUGGAAGGUGCCUUCGAGAUGGCAUCCGAGAUAGCUAGCAAGAGCCCAUUGGCAGUGCAAGGAACGAAGCUGAACCUGAUUUACUCCAGAGACCACUCUGUUAAGGAUGGUUUGGACUAUAUUGCCACAUGGAACAUGUCCAUGCUACAAACAGAUGACCUUAUAAAGUCAGCCCAGGCUGCAAUGGAGAAAAAAUCCCCCAAAGACGUGCCUUACGCCAAAUUGUGAUGGAAAAGAGUUUCAACAUACCUGUUCUCAACUUGCACAAAUAAUUCCUUUAUUUAUGAUUUUCAAGACAAAUAAACUUACAGAACAUUGCCUACUAAAAGAUUAUUUACAAUGCAGGUGCUAUCGGAUCAUUCUUACAUCCUGUGAUUUUAUUUGCCAUUUGUUUUCAGCUUUUUGGUUGGUAAAUCCUUCAGUAAUCAUGGUAACAGUUAAAGGGAGAUGGAGCAUAGUGGUAAUGUCACUGACUAGAAAUCCAAGGAUGGAAUCAAAUCUUGCAACAGCAGCAGGAGUGAAAUUUUAAUUCAGUUAAUAAAAUUUGGAAUUUAAAA